AUGGCAACGCAGCAGGAACUGAUCAAGACCCGCUACGAAACCGGUGCUACUCUUUUCUCAAAACACGCACUUCAGGGCUUGAGAACUCAACUUCACAGCGUGCGGAUUUGCUUGGACGAUGAAGUCAUGCUGUACAAGGAAAUCCUGGUGCACAACCUCAAUGGGCAUCUCGUCCGGUUUCCUAUAGAGAGAGAUCAAAUCGAAGUUCCCGAUCAUCGUCCUGACCAUGAUGGUAUUUAUAAAACCAAGGUACCGGUUCUUGGUUACCGCAGCAUACAGCGUCUUCUGAGCCUACCUGAAGGCAGCCUCUAUGCCUAUCUACCAGUCAUGGUAUGGCAUAGAACGGAAAGGCGGGACCGAAAGACGAAGGAGCUCUUGGCCGACUGGCCGGAGGCGGACUACCACACGGUGAAGCGGAGAUUCGCAGCGGCGAAGGAAAAUUUCGGCCAUGAGGCCUUCGGAUACAUCAAGGCCGCCCUCGCCUCCGCUGUACUCCCUGUGGGCAUCCGCAAGGUUGUUGCGCUCGCUUGCGGCACCAUGACAAAGGCAAACGAUCACUCCUCCUACCGGCGCAGCAUGGCCCAGCACGCCUUGGCCCUGGCGUUGCGAGAUCAUUUAUCAGCGAGUGCUGCGCAUCCGACGACACCGGGUGAGAGCAAUAGCAGUAGUAGCAGCAGGAGCACGGUUGGAAUGCCAUGCUAUGCCCAGGACCCGCUCUACACGCCACUCGAUAAGCGGGUCCUCGAAGAAGACGGCAUCACCGUUGUCGAAGACCCUGCAGCCUUUCUCGAAAUCGACGAAGCAAGCGUGGUCAUUUCUGUCAACCCGAGCAUCCCAGUACGGCAGAUCAUAGCGGACAUCGCCGACCCCGGGCCCGCCAUCAUCAUUUGGAAUAGAGUGGUGGACUCAGGGUCAGGCCGCACUUUAGCCGAGGGAUAG